CUUGAAAGUGGAUCAAUAUUUUUAUAGUAAAUUAAUAAUACAUUGAACACUUUAUUAUUUCGUGCAUUGUCGUCAGUAUGUCUUCGGAUAUAAUUACAAAUCUGGAACUGGACAAACUUGGUGAAACGGGCAAGAUCAUAUUAGUAAAGGAACUAAAAGGCUGUGAUAGUGCGUUUAUUACAAGUUGUGUCAUUGGCAAUUGUAUUAAAAACAAGAGUGCUCUUCUUAUUAUUACAACUCACAACACCUUAAAACAUUAUCACAAUGUUGGAUUAAAAAUGAACUACAAUUUACAAAAAGCGGUGGAUUCGGGCUUAAUAAAUUUCUAUGAUGUGGGUCAAGAAAUAGCUGAAAAUGUGUUGAUAAAUGAGAAUAGUUUCAAAGAAAGUAUAAUUAACAACAUUAAAAAAAGGUUUGAAAGUUUAAGAGAAAAAUAUGAUUCGGUCAACAUAAUCGUUGAUGGAUUGUCUCAUUUAUUUGAUGCACAAAUGAAGUUGAAAGAAGUUAAUAGAAUAUCUGAAGAAAUUAUCAAAUUAGUUCAACCUCACAGUUCUUUUUUAAUAAUCCAUUGCAAUGUAGCCGCCAGUCAUGAUGUUACAGAGACGAUGGCGAAUCUAUUAUCUCAUAAAUCUCAGAUUGUGGUUGAAAUGGAGAGCCUUACCUCUGGUCUGAGUGCCGACGUCUCAGGACACUUGACAAUUAAAAGACCUGGGCUACGAUUUGAGACUGAUAACAUGUAUGUUAUGCAACAGAAGCCAUUACAAUAUUUGUUCAAGUUAUUUGAUAGAGGUGUCAAAUUGCUCGCUCCCGGCACGGUUUGAUAUUUUAAGUCAACUUUAAGACACACCUACCAUAUGCAAAUAUUUUAUUACUGUGUAUAAUUUUAUUUAAAUAUAUUU